AUGUGGCGCCUGGAUGGCCAUGAGAUGCUCCGCAGUUGUCUCGACUAUUUGGUUAGCGGAAUGAUAGAAACACUAGGGAAUGCCGAUCAGCCUGGCUCAGAUCAAUUCCGCCCCGGUGUAUCUUACACAGAAGUUGGCACGUACCGGCGGCCGGCCCAGAUGGAAUUUGCGAUUGACGUCUUGACGGGCCGGCUCACCAUGGUUGAAGGGUGGAGGCCAGCAAUCGCGGGAACAUCAUUGCUCGAACCUUAG